ACAGAGGAUUUGCCUUAAAAAACCCACAUUUCAAGGGUAUCUUCCCAACCAGUUUUGUUCACUUGAAAAAUGCAUGUGUUAAGAACAAAGGGCAGUUUGAAAUUAUUAUUCCAGCAGAAGAUUCUGUUAUUACAGAGAUGACUUCCACUUUAAGAGACUGGGGAACAAUGUGGAAACAGCUUUAUGUGAGAAAUGAAGGUGAUCUAUUUCAUCGACUGUGGCAUAUAAUGAAUGAAAUCUUAGAUCUGCGACGGCAGGUGCUGGUGGGCCAUCUGACCCUUGAUCGGAUGAAGGAUGUAAAAAGGCACAUUACUGCUCGCUUAGACUGGGGCAAUGAACAGCUAGGGCUAGAUUUGGUUCCAAGAAAGGAAUAUGCAAUGGUGGAUCCAGAGGAAAUCAGUAUUACAGAGUUGUACAGAUUGAUGGAGCAUCGUCAUCGCAAAAAAGACACACCAAUCCCAGCAAGCAGCCACCAUCUCUUUUUGCAGAUGAAGAGUUUGAUGUGUUCCAAUCUAGGAGAAGAACUAGAAGUUAUCUUUUCACUUUUUGAUAGUAAAGAGAAUCGACCAAUCAGUGAGAGAUUUUUUUUAAAACUCAAUCGGAAUGGUUUGCCAAAAUGUCCAGAGAAGCCAGAAAGAUAUUGUUCUCUUUUUAUGGAUUUGGGAAGCAGUGAGCUUAGGAAGGACAUCUACAUUACUGUGCACAUUAUACGUAUUGGCCGAAUGGGAGCAGGUGAAAAGAAAAAUGCUUGCAAUGUACAAUAUCGACGACCUUUUGGUUGUGCGGUCCUCAGUGUAGCAGAUCUACUGACUGGUGAUACAAAAGAUGAUCUUAUUUUAAAAGUAUACAUGUGUAACACAGAGAGUGACUGGUUUCAAAUUCAUGAAAGCAUCAUAAAAAAACUAAAUGCACGCUAUAAUCUGACAGGAUCCAAUGCUGGCCUAGCUGUCUCUGUUCAGCUACUCCAUGGAGACAUUGAACAAAUCAGGAGAGACUAUACAUCCAUGUUUACCCAUGGAGUUUCAAUAGCAAGGAAGUUGGGCUUUUCCAAUAUUAUUAUGCCAGGUGAAAUGAGAAAUGAUCUAUAUAUCACAAUAGAAAGAGGAGAAUUUGAAAAAGGAGGGAAAAGUGUGGCCAGAAAUGUGGAAGUCACAAUGUACAUUGUGGACUGCAGUGGACAAAUUUUGAAUGAUUUUAUCUCCUUCGGCUGUGGAGAGCCACCAGCCUCUGAAUUCCAUUCUUUUGUGUUGUAUCAUAACAACAGUCCCAGGUGGGCUGAACUGCUGAAACUACCUAUUCCAGUGGAUAAAUUCAGGGGAGCACACCUUCGGUUUGAAUUCCGCCACUGUUCCACAAAAGAGAAGGGAGAGAAGAAGAUUUUUGGUUUUUCUUUCAUCCCUCUGAUGCAAGAAAACGGAAGGACCCUGCCAGAUGGCAUUCAUGAGCUCAUUGUACACAAGUGUGAAGAAAAUACAAGCCUUCGGGAUUCUAGUCGCUAUCUCAAAUUUCCCUUUUCAAAAGGGCAUCUUCUUGCAAACAACCACCAAGCAAUAAAAUCUACUAAGGAAUCUUUCUGGAUUACGUCUUUUCUGUGUUCAACAAAACUCACACAGAAUGGGGAUAUGCUUGACCUUCUUAAAUGGCGAGCUCACCCCGAAAAAAUUGCAGGUUGCCUCUCGAAACUGAAAGAAAUUGAUGGUUCUGAAAUAGUGAAGUUUCUUCAAGAUACGCUAGACACUUUAUUUGGGAUUUUAGAUGAAAAUUCUCAAAAGUAUGGCUCCCAAGUAUUUGACUGUUUGGUUCACAUAAUUAAUUUGCUGCAGGACAGCAAGUUUCAUCAUUUUAGGCCAGUUAUGGAUACCUACAUUCAAAGUCAUUUUGCAGGAGCUCUUGCUUACAGAGAUCUCAUAAAGGUAUUGAAGUGGCAUGUUGACCGAUUUACUGAAGUAGAAAGGCAAACACACAAUCAGGAAGUAUUAAAGGCCCAAGAAUAUAUAUUUAAAUAUAUAGUUCAGUCUCGGAAGCUAUUCUCUCUUGCUACUGGUGGACAAAAUGAGGAGGAAUUCAGCUGUUGUAUUCAAGAGCUUUUGAUGUCAGUACGAUUCUUCCUUUCCCAAGAAACUAAAGGAACCAAUGCUUUAUCUCAGGCCCAAGCAAUAUUUCUCAGUUCUUUCCCAGCUAUAUAUUCGGAAUUGUUAAAGCUCUUUGAUGUGAGGGAAGUAGCAAAUUUGGUAUGUGAUACUCUAAGGAGCUUGCCAAUCAUUACAAAUGCGGAUGAUUCUCUUCAAGCAGUGAAACUUCAGUGCAUUGGAAAAAUAGUGGAAAGCCAAUUGUAUACCAAUCCAGAGUCUCGGUAUAUUUUGCUACCAGUAGUUCUGCAUCACCUUUAUAUGCACCUGCAAGAGCAAAAAGAUCUGAUCAUGUGUGCGCAUAUCCUUAGCAACAUAUCUUCCUUCGUUAAGAAAAAUAGUUCUGAUAAGUCAGUAUUGGAAGAAAUAGACGUAAUUGUGAACAGUCUACUAGAUGUAUUACUCAGAACCAUCUUGGAGGUCACAAGCUGCCCGCAAGCAGCAGGUUCUACUAUGCGGCUUCAGUUUCAGGAUGUUACAGGGGAGUUUGUUUCAUGUCUUUUAUCAUUAUUGCGACAAAUGACUGACGGACAUUAUCAGCAACUCCUCAACAGAUUCAAGACAAGAGACGUGCUGAGAGAUUUCUUGUUACAGAUAUUUACUGUUUUUCGAAUAUUGAUACGGCCAGAAAUGUUUCCAAAAGAUUGGACAGUCAUGCGUUUAGUUGCUAACAAUGUUAUUAUUACAACAGUGUUAUAUCUUUCUGAUGCCCUUCGCAAAAAUUUCCUAAAUGAAAAUUUUGAUUACAAGAUUUGGGAUUCUUAUUUUUAUCUUGCUGUCAUAUUUAUAAAUCAGUUGUGUCUACAGUUAGAAAUGUUCACACCUUCUAAGAAGAAAAAAGUACUAGAAAAAUAUGGUGAUAUGCGGGUGACAAUGGGGUGUGAAAUCUCCAGCAUGUGGCAAAAUUUAGGAGAACACAAAAUCCACUUCAUCCCAGCACUGAUUGGCCCUUUCUUAGAAGUGACAUUGAUACCUCAGCCUGACCUGCGGAAUGUUGUAAUUCCUAUUUUUCAUGAUAUGAUGAACUGGGAGCAAAGACAUAGUGGCAACUUUAAACAGGUGGAAGCAAAACUGAUUGACAAAUUGGAUAGCUUGAUGUCAGAAGGAAAAGGUGAUGAAACUUACAGAGAGCUCUUCAACAGUAUCCUGCUGAAGAAAAUUGAACGUGAAACAUGGAGAGAAAGUGGUGUUUCAUUAAUCGCCACUGUAACCCGUCUUAUGGAGAGGCUGCUGGACUACAGGGACUGCAUGAAAAUGGGAGAAGUGGAUGGCAAAAAGAUUGGAUGUACUGUCAGCUUGUUGAAUUUCUAUAAAACAGAACUGAAUAAAGAAGAGAUGUACAUUAGGUACAUACAUAAACUAUAUGAUCUGCACCUAAAAGCACAAAACUUUACAGAGGCUGCCUAUACACUCUUGCUGUAUGAUGAACUGUUGGAAUGGUCAGACAGACCAUUGCGGGAAUUCCUGAGCUAUCCCAUGCAGUCAGAAUGGCAGCGCAAAGAAUUUCUUCAUCUCACGAUCAUCCAGAAUUUUGACAGGGGAAAAUGCUGGGAAAAUGGUAUUAUUUUAUGUAGGAAGAUUGCUGAGCAAUAUGAAAGCUAUUAUGACUACAGAAAUCUCAGCAAGAUGCGGUUGAUGGAAGCUUCUUUAUAUGAUAAAAUUAUGGAUCAGCAACGUUUGGAGCCAGAGUUUUUCAGAGUUGGAUUUUAUGGAAAGAAAUUUCCAUUUUUCUUACGGAACAAAGAAUUUGUUUGCCUAGGACAUGAUUAUGAGCGUCUGGAGGCUUUUCAACAGCGGAUGUUAAAUGAGUUUCCACAUGCCAUUGCUAUGCAACAUGCCAAUCAACCGGAUGAAACCAUCUUUCAAGCGGAGGCACAGUAUCUGCAAAUCUAUGCUGUGACACCAAUUCCUGAAAGCCAGGAUGUACUGCAAAGAGAAGGCAUUCCAGAUAAUAUCAAAAGUUUUUAUAAAGUAAAUAAUAUUUGGCGAUUCCGAUAUGACAGGCCAUUUCACAAAGGGACCAAAGACAAAGACAAUGAAUUCAAGAGUUUAUGGGUAGAGAGAACAACUUUGAUCUUGGUGCAGAGUUUGCCAGGAAUUUCCCGAUGGUUUGAAGUGGAGAAACGUGAAAUUAUGGAAAUGAGCCCAUUGGAGAAUGCUAUUGAAGUAUUGGAAAAUAAAAACCAGCAGUUAAGGACAUUGAUCAGUCAGUGUCAGACUCGACAGAUGCAGAAUAUCAAUCCACUUACAAUGUGUUUGAAUGGUGUAAUUGACGCAGCAGUUAAUGGGGGCGUUGCCAGGUAUCAAGAAGCAUUCUUUGUGAAGGAAUAUGUUCUGAACCAUCCAGGGGAUGGAGAAAAGAUCACAUGCUUAAGAGAACUGAUGCUUGAACAGGCCCAGAUUCUUGAAUUCGGCUUAGCUGUACACGAGAAGUUUGUCCCACAGGAUAUGAGACCUUUACAUAAAAAACUGUUGGAUCAGUUUUUCGUGAUGAAAUCUAGUUUAGGAAUACAGGAAUUUGCUGCAUGCGUCGAGGCUAGUCCAGGUCACUUUUCAAAUGGAAGCCCACGUGUCUCUAGAAAUUCGGUCCCUAUUUCCAUGAGUCCGGAGGUGGGCAGAAUUCUUAGACGUAGUCCAUUAAGUUACCCAGCUAUCAACAGAUACUCUUCCUCGUCAUUGUCCUCUCAAACUUCGGCAGAGGUCAGCAAUAUAACUGGACAAUCUGAGAGCUCGGAUGAAGUUUUCAACAUGCAGCCAAGUCCGUCUACCUCAAGUCUGAGUUCUACUCAUUCUGCUUCCCCUAAUGUGACCAGCUCUGCUCCAUCCAGUGCCAGAGGCUCACCUCUGUUAUCAGACAAGCUUAAACAUUCCAGAGAAAACUCUUGCCUAUCUCCAAGGGAGAGGCCCUGUAGUGUCAUUUACCCAAAUCCUGCUGAGCCUUCACAGAGAAUUGUGUUCAAUCUUAAUGGUGAUGGUGCUUUGCCUCGAAGUGACCCCAGUUUGUCUGCCUCUGAGAAAGCUGUAACUAGCACUCCCAGCAGUUGGAGCCUGGACAAUGGGAAGGAAGCCAAAAAUAUGUCAGAAAAUGGAAAGCUCAUGUCUCCUCCUGUGCCACCUCGUCCCACUGCAUCACCAAUUCGACACAUAACCUCAGUUUCCCCUUCUGCUGGAAGAUCUCCAAUGAAGGGUUCUGUGCAAUCAUUUUCAUCAUCUAUGGACUACCAUUCGUCUGGGCUCAUUUCCAACUCUCCAGUCUUGUCUGGAAGCUACAGCAGUGGCAUUUCUUCGCUUAGUCGAUGUAGCACAUCUGAAACAUCUGGCAUUGAAACUCACAUCAAUGAACAUCCAGUUCCUUUUUCUAAUUGCAACGUUUCCGAAGAGCCAAUAAGAAAAGAAAGCAAAACUCCUCCACCUUAUAGUGUUUAUGAGCAGACUCUAAGGCGUCCCGUCCCACUGCCUCACAGCCUUUCCAUCCCCAUUUCUACAGAUGCACCAGCAUUACCCCCAAAACCUUUGUUGAUCAGACCAAGCAAUUUGGAGCAUAGCAGCAAGAGAACAGAACAUGUACCUCGACCCAGGCCUCUUCCACGAAAAGUCUCUCAGUUAUAAAUGAAAGUCAAAAAAAUCAUUUUUUGAAUGUGUUAAACGAAAAACAUAUCUGAUAUAGGCACUUUAAUAUUUUUCACAAAUCAUUCCAGUGAUUUUUAAAAACUGCUUAACUUUUAGUACUUAACUAAGUACUAGCUUAAAAAGCCAGAACCUAGAGGCAAUGAGACUGAAAAUUCUAUAUUUAGCAUAGCAUAGAGCAAAUAUGAUUCUGCAUGUAAAUUUGAACCCGGAGCCUAGCUGUUCAAACAACAUCAAAAGCAUACCUUCUCUUGAAAGCCUUAUAUUAGUGUAACAGCGUACUUUAUGACAGAAUAAAAAAUGAUUUGAAGCUAAUGAAUCCAAUAAAACUCUUGUGGUUUGUGAUCACAUUGCAUUGGAAAAGGUCCUAUUACAAAGAUGUUGUAACUGAAUUUCCAGGAAAAAAAAUGUUUGGGUUGUUUUCUUUCUACUGACAUGUUAUUGCAUUUUAUUCAAUAUUUGUAUGUAUGCUAUUGGAACUUGUGUCUUAGAGAUCUUUUUUCUAGCAUUCUAGAGUGGUUCCGCAGUGGUUAAGAGAGCAGUACUGCAAGCUACUUCUGCUGCAGCCAGCUGCCUGCAAUUUGGCAGAUCAAAUCUCACCAGGCUCAAGGUUGACUCAUCCUUCCAUCCUUCCGAGGUUGGUAAAAUGAGGACCCAAUUUGUUGGGGGCAAUAUGCUGACUCUGUAAAAUUACUUAGAGAGGGCUGUAAAGCACUAUAAAGCGACAUAUAAGUGCUAUUGCUAUUCUGACAGUGGUUAGUUUAUAUGCUUGUAGAAUUUGCCCCCUCCAUUUUAUUUUAUUUUAGAUAGGUGCAAUUUACAGUUCCAUGAAAAUAAUAAACAUUAAUACUUAUUGUACUAUAGAAAAUGUAGCCAAUAUGUACAGUUAAUUUUUUUUAAAGAUCAUUGAUUUCAGACACAGAAACUAACUCCUCAGAUUAUUUUAAUGGCGAAAAUGAAUAAGUCAUUUUAAAUGUGAAUCAAGAAAAAAACCACUAUCAGAUUCUUAAGAUGAAAACACUGAAAGCAAUUAAGUCAAGCAAAUGUUCACAAGAAUUAGGCUAUUUACAAGUAGCAUUAGCAAAUUUUUAAAGACUAUUAUUAUUAUAUAUAACAUUUCUGAAUGAAAGUUCUUCCAUUCCGUUGCUCUUAUAUUCCACUCCAAAAAUGUGGAGAAAAUAAUUUAAGAGGUAAUAUUUCAGAUGGUGGAAAGAGAGAGGUUUUUAGGUAGAGACUGAAAAUUUGCUGGCAACUAAAAGGAAACCAGAUUUCAGCCCCAAUCCUGCAAAAUGUUUUCUCUGAAAGUGCUCUUAAUUGGUAUUUUUCUAGAAAGCUCCUGUGUUUUUGAAAGCUCACAUUUAGUCCUAUAACUGUAUAAACUAAACUUAAGUAUACAGGCAAUUUUUCCAUUCCCCUCACAAAACUUGCUGUUUGUAAUAUUUGUUUGAUAUCAUGUGGUCUGUACUUUUCAAUUGUACCUUUAAAGUUACCUCCCUGUUUUGUUGGAAAACUUGCGUUGAUUUUAUCAGUUUAUCUUGUUGAUAGUUUAACUGGAACAUUAUUGACCACUUUUUAUAUUCCCUCAAUGAGAAACUCUCAGCAGGUAUAUACUGUUAAUGAUAGCUAAAGU